UCGGGGACAAACAGGCAGACAGAAAGACACACAGGCGGAUGGACGGAAAGAUAGGCAAGUGCUCCGACAAGAACCAGAAACGUAACGGAUAUUCAGCUUUCUUUUAUGUUGUUUCCGUUCUUUAUUUAUUUGUUUGGCUUUAUUUAUUUCUUUAUCGAUUGAUUGCGUUUUAAUUACUGCCUUGUGACAGGGAGUGAGGGAGGAGGAGCGUAGGCCAAGCGGGCACAUUGUGUAGCCUUUCCAAAUGUUUAUUUAUUUCAGUUGAUUAUCUUAAUGCGGCUAUUUUACAUGCAUUUUAAACACGAUUCGCUGCUUUGUAGCCUGCGUAUUGGUGAAUUUGUGUGUAUAUAGCCUACAUGCGAGGGACAGUGAGAGACUGCGAUCAGCUAUACACCAAAUAAAGUAGAUUAACCAGAAAUAACAAAUCCAAAUAUAUCACAAUAAUUGUUGGCCUUUACGCACUUCAGCGUCUGUUAUUCGUGUAAUAUUAUCAAUUUUAUUUACCAGCGCAAACCAAAACUAACCACGGUGAGUGACGCUAAGAAACUAGCGACUGUUACGGUGUUUGUUCUCACGCCUGUCGAAAGGAAAACAGUUUGCUAACAUUGAGACUAUGCUAAUAUAAACGCAUACAGGAGAAAUAGAACGAUUAGGCUAUUGUAUGCUACACACACGAGAAAGACAGGAGCAAAAUCAGGCUUAUAAUACAAGUAUUAUUACUAUAUUAGUCCUGAUAGUGUUCUUCUGAUAUAGUAGUGGGAGUUCAGUUGUGGUUCUAUCCGUCUGUGUGUUGGGUCUGGGCUGUUUCAUUAGCCUGAAUGCUGCACACUCAAGGGAGCACCAUAUGUUCUAUACACAUUUACACCCAAAAUCCUGCCGAAGAGAAACAGACAUCCAAAAAUGUAAAUAGAGCUAUCCAGCAUAGCCUACAUGUGUACGCGCCAUCAACUGGUAAGCUAAACAACGAAUUUUCUACGUUUUCGAUACCAAAUACAUUUCAAACGGACGAAGAUACACAGAAGAGGAAACAUCUUGUCACAAUAUUACUGAAAAAUUAUAUGAAACAAAACCAGAAGACGGAGGAAGAUCAUGUUUGUUCCCUUGCCGGUGCCGUUCAUGUUUCAGAGAACUGCCCCUGACCUCAGCGCCUGGCGUCUCAAGUCCCCGUUGGCUCUACGUUCCGACUCCGAAAUCAGGAUGUCAAAGCCAGUAGAGGUUGAGAACACAGGGGCUGACUCUCCAAUGGAGAGCACAGAUUCAGAGCGGAAUGGUCCUGAUAAAAACCAUCAGCUUCAGCAGAUGAAAAUCAGUCCCUUUCACCUUUCUCCAACCCUCAGCAGCAACAAGAAUAAGAUGGAAGAGUGUGGUGAGAUGUCCCCGGGCCCUCCUCCCCACCACAGCCACGCCCCCUCACAGACGCCCCUCCCACACACACAGCUCAUGCUGACCAGCUCCCAACUGGCAGGGUUGACGGCUCUCUUGCCAGCACAGCAGCAGUUGUUACUGCAGCAGGCUCAGGCUCAGCUUCUAGCUGCAGCUGUGCAGCAGUCUGUUCAGCAGUCCAACGCAGCUCACGCAGCUCAUGCAGCCCACGCAGCCGCCCAAGCCAAUCAGCAAGCUCAGGCAGCCGCAGCAGCCAAUCAACAUGCCCAGCAGCAACAGGCGGGACAGACAGGGCAGCAGGGCCAAUCACAGCCCCAGGGACAGAGCACACAAGAACAGACAGGUCAACCUGUCCCUGUCCCGCCCACUCAUCCCCAGCUCACCCUCUCUCAGCCAAUUCAGCUCACCGCCCAGGACAUCCAGCAGUUGUUGCAGCUGCAGCAGUUGGUUCUGGUGCCAGGACACCACCUGCAGUCUCCUCAGUUCCUCCUCCAACAGCACCAAGGGCAGCAAGGACUGCUAUCAACACCAAAUCUGAUUCAGCUACCUCAGCAAAACCAAGGGAGCCUCCUGUCCGCUCCCAGGCUGGGGCUCCAAGCACAGAGAGACAAGGCUAUGGAGGGCAGUGGGGUCAUGACCUCUGUGUCCUCUGUGACCUCUCACCCCGAGGAGCCCAGUGACCUUGAGGAACUGGAGGUGUUCGCCCGCACCUUCAAACAGAGACGCAUCAAACUGGGCUUUACACAGGGUGACGUGGGAAUGGCCAUGGGGAAGCUAUAUGGUAAUGAUUUCAGCCAGACCACCAUCUCUCGCUUCGAGGCCCUCAACCUGAGCUUUAAGAACAUGUGCAAACUCAAACCACUACUGGAGAAGUGGCUCAAUGAUGCAGACAGUACUAUGCCCAGCCCCAGCUCUCUGUCCUCUUCCUCAAUGGGCUUCGAGGGCCUGCCGGGCCGACGCAGGAAGAAAAGAACCAGCAUCGAGACUAACGUCCGCGUGGCCCUGGAGAGAGCCUUCAUCACGAACCAGAAGCCUACCUCAGAGGAGAUCCUGUGUAUCGCGGACCAGCUCAGCAUGGAGAAGGAGGUGAUCCGCGUGUGGUUCUGCAACCGCCGACAGAAAGAGAAGCGUAUCAACCCCAACAGUGCCACCCCUCCCUUGCCCAGCCAGCCCCCCCAAGCCCCACCGACACACAAACCCCCCUGCUACAGCCCACACAUGAUGUCCAGUCAGCUGUCCAGUCAGCUGUCCAGUCAGAUGUCCAGUCAGCUGUCCAGUCAGCUGUCCAGUCAGCUGUCCCAGGCAGUGACCAGCCUCAGUACCACAUUGACCACCAUGUCAUCGUUCUCCCCUCAUACCCCCAGUGGUCCCACCCACUCAUCUCUCAGCUCCGCCUCCUCCCCAGUGACACCUCCUCCUCCUCGCAGCACAGCCAGCCCAGCCACUCCCAGCCACAGCACACUGAGUCUCAACACAGGCUUAUGGCGUUUGGGUAAAAAGAAUGGUGACGUGUCUAACUACAUCACCGAUUUUGCUGCAAACUUGAGGAACACUGUGAUGGGAGUAAACACAGGGAACCAGGCUCUGAACCAAGCUCUCCUCAGCAACAACCAGUUGGCUACUAUACAAGCCCUAGCAGCCAGUGGUGGCCAGCUGCCCCUUUCCAGUCUUGAGGGGAGCAGUAAGGUGUUGCUGGGUGGUGCAGGGGGGCAGGGAGGGGGUCUCCAGUCCUCCUUCUUCCUCAACCACCCCGCUUUCCUCCACAUGGGCCAGAAUCCUGGUGCUGGAUUGGUCAGCGCUGCCGUAGCCAAAGCAUCCCAGCCCUCCCCUUACCCCUCAACCAGUAGCAUAAGCCCCACCCCCUGCUCACCCUCCCCUUGCUCUAGCCCCGCCUCUUCCUGCGACUUCAAUGAAUUGGCACACAGCCCAUCCUUGUUGGGAGGGGCUAAGAUUGAGUGACACAGCCAAGCGCCAAUCAGAGAGGAGAAGGAGAAAGGAGGAAACGACAACCUCGCCUUUCAACCAAAGCUAUCUCUUUUACCACUCUCGCCCUACACUCUCUCUCUCUCCCCCCCAGUCUUUCGAUGCCAAAAAUACACAGAAUGAAAGAGAGGAGAGGGGGGAGUCAGAAGUGAAAAGGGGGAGAAGGGGGGAAAGAGGAAGAUUUAAACCAAAAAUCUUUAUCUAUCCAAAGUGAUGGAGGAGGCAUCGUGGGACUGUUUAGUCAAUACUGAGCGAUAUCGCACCUCUCCUUUCUGUCUCUCUUUCUUUCCCGGGAAAAUAAACCAAUGACAAAUAACAGGAUUAGAGAUGUGCGUCGAAUCAUGUGAACCAAAAAUGUUUUGGGGGAAUGGUGACAGGGACAGAAAAAAGAAGUGGAUGAUUUUCUUUGAAAAGCUGCAGGUCUGAAAGAGGAGGAGAUGGGAGGAGGAUUUUAAACCAAAAAUGUACCUGAGGAGGAGAAGAGGAACGCAUGAUGACAAAAAUCAACAACCAUACCAAAAUCCCAGAAACCAAAAAUACGGAAAGAAAAGCUUUAUCCAAACGACUUAUACAUACGGAUCCUAUCCAGGACCAGGACUCUGCUACACACACACACACGAUAUCCACAGCCAAUCACAUUCAUCCAUCCAAUCAGUCAUCCACCCAUCAUGUCUGUCAUAGUCUGUCACUCACUUUCACAGCAGUUUUGUUGUUUCUGUGGGAUAUUUUAGAUUGUUGUAAAUGGUUGAUACUGAAUGAGCCAAGCUUACAGGUGUGUCUCUGUUUGUGUUUUCCUACCUCUGCUUCUUUGGGUAUCCUAUCUCCCCCUUGAUUUCCAAUAGUUUACUGAUAGCGUUGGAGUCUGUCAUCAUCAUCUUGUGCCAUAUACUUCAUGUUGUCAGAGAUAAUAAGAGACAAGAGUGAACAAGAGAUCAGGCUGAGUGUAGCAGUUUCCAGCCUUGAUAAAAACCUCUCUCUCUCUGUAAUUACUCACAACAAAAUGACUCACUUGAUGAAAUAAUAUUAGACUUAGACUCAAUGUAGUCCUUGUGAAUGGCCAAUCCACCAUGAUGACAGUAUGAAAUUGAGCAUGAUUGGAGAUUUAAACUAGUAACAUUGAGGCAAGAAAGAGGUAAAUUAAUAAAAAUGUUAGUUUAGUCAUGGACAGGUCUGUCUUACGUUGUCAAUCAGUCAUCUGUCUCGACGUGCAGUAGAGAAACAGAGAUCAAAACCUGUUUAAUGUUUAAUAUACGUUGUUUUUAUUGUUCAUCAUCCCUCCAGUACAUCCCAUUUUCACUGUCAUUUUCCACCCAAAUCUGCCAUUAUUACACGUUUAAACCAAAGCAUUUGUUACUCUUCAGAGGAGUCAGCCAUGACAUUAACACUCACAUACUGUAGGGUUUGGGGACACACCCUACCCCUCCCGCUGAACCCCCCUAGUUGACCCCUUCCAUCUCCUUAUGCCCGAGAGGGUCACUUCAAAAGGACAGAACCCUCACCCAACAUAAAAGGGGUGCAUACGGGGAGGGGAUCGGAUGGUGCGAUGGGAUCAAACAUACAGAAAGAGGGGAUGUUUUUGUAAGAGGAUACCAAAAAUACAAACCAAAAACGUCAGAAACAAACCAAAAAGAAACAGCCAAAUAUGGAUGGGGGGAUGAGGGGAGGAGGAGAAGUGUAGGUUUUUACAGACUGGAGCUGACGCCUCUGUCUGUUAUCCAACUAACUGGGCUUCAGUGGCCCUCUCUAAACUCUGGAGCACAGAUGGACAGAUGUAUAGAUAGACAUCCUCCCUCUCCCCUGUCUUUUUCACUCCAAACUCAGCUCUUCUUCUCUGGUCCUGGAUGGAGAAAUCUCUAAUGACCUCAUUGAACUGAAUCUUCAAAGUCAGUUUUUAUUUUUCCUGUUUGUUGGUUUAUUUUGUAUUUGAUUUGUUUGCUGUGUGAUGCUGUUUAUGUGCUGUUCUUUACUCAUUUGGGAUAAUAACGUAUUUGCUUGCUACAACAGCUCCUUAUGUUUUCCUAGUUGUUCUAGAGAUUUUAUCAGGUGGUUGGAAAAAUACUGUGAAAAUGUAGCUUCCAGAUUUUUAUUAGAUAAAAAAAAACUGACUGUCUUGGCAGAAAAAAGACACAGAAAAAGUCCAAAACACGAGUUGAAAAGCAAAACGUGCAAAACGUGCAAACCAAACACCAAAUACCAAACCAAACACCAAAUCAAACACCAAACCAAACACCAAAUACCAAACCAAACACCAAAUCAAACACCAAACCAAACACCAAAUACCAAACCAAACACCAAAUCAAACACCAAACCAAACACCAAAUACCAAACCAAACACCAAACACCAAACCAAAUACCAAACCAAACACCAAAUACCAAACCAAACACCAAACACAAAACCAAACACCAAACCAAACACCAAAUACCAAACACCAAAUACCAAACCAAACACCAAAUACCAAACCAAACACCAAAUACCAAACCAAACACCAAACCAAACACCAAAUACCAAACCAAACACCAAAUACCAAACACCAAAUACCAAACCAAACACCAAAUACCAAACACCAAACCAAACACCAAAUACCAAACACCAAACCAAACACCAAAUACCAAACCAAACACCAAAUAACAAACACCAAACCAAACACCAAAUACCAAACACCAAACCAAAUACCAAAUACCAAAUACCAAACCAAACACCAAACACCAAACCAAACACCAAACCAAACACCAAACACCAAACCAAACACAACACCAAAUACCAAACCAAACCAAAAGGCAGGAUAAAACUAGAGAUGGUUCAACUGCCGUCCCUGCCGUUGCAUUAGGGCUCACACUUAUGAUUGUGUCAAUUUAUCUGAAGUGUGUGUGUAUGUGCGUUGUGUGAGGGUGCGAUAUUGUGUGUUUGUGUGUUGUGUGUACACGCAUUAUAGAAAGAAUUCAGUGGAGUUUACAAAGAUGUCCUCCCUUGCACGUUUACCGCCAUUAUCACACACACACACACUUCGGCAAAAAUGUACAGUCGAGUUUAAAAUGCAUCCAAAGAGUAUUUGGUUUGACACACAGAAAUACAGUUGUCAAAUGAGAAUCCUUAAUGAACUAAUCUAUUUUAGAUGUGGGGGUUCUAACCACGAGGUGAAACCUUUCCUCAACAUUAACUCUUAGACGGAAUGUAUCUGUUAGUGCUUCUAUAGAUUUUGUAGAUAAAAGAUCUGUGUCCUAAUGCUUACUUAUUGCUAAUGUAUUGAAAAACAUACAAAAAAUAUCUUAAAAAACAUUGAUGAUAAUGACUUGAUUUUAGACCAAAAAUGUUACUCUCUCUUGAUAAAUAUAUGGUUUAUUUUUCUUUGUCGAAUCAUUUAGGACUUUUGAUUGAUUGUACUAUUUAUUAAUUUUAAGUUUGAUUGAUUUAAGCUUAUAUUGAUUUCUUCUAACUAUUUAUAUGUUAUUUAUUUAUUCUAGAGUCUUUUUACUGGGGAUAUAUUUUGGGGUAUAUAUUUAGAAUAUAUAUUACGGGGCUCCUGCUGAAGUACCUUCUCACCUCUUCAAACCAGAUACAUGCAACCACAGGUCUCAGGGCCUAGGAGAACAUGGUCAUGUUUGACCACAGACUCACUGCGACUACUCUUAAAGCUCUUAAAGGGAUGGGGGUGAGCUCAUUCAGACUCUUUUCAAAUGGAUGGGGUGAGCUUACAGGGGUCAGCACUGUGUCUACAUAGAGCACUUCAGUAUGACCACCUAACAGCGUUUUCUCAGGCAUUGCAGGGCAAGGUCAUGGGAAUAGGAACGUCAGCUUCAUAUUGAUGUAAAUUUGAGCAAUUCAAUGUUUUCAGGUGUUGAAUGCUGUCUUUCCUAAAUAUGGGGUUAAUUGUCCGAAUGAUAAUGAUAUUACUAAUGAUGUCCUUAUUGUAUGACUGGUGAGAUGAGAGGGACAGAGCAUCUGAGUGUUUCUGGCUUUAUGUGCGGUCUUGUGAUGUUGUGUUUAGUUGAAGGGGGGAUAGGGAGCCUCAGUAGGGUUCCCUACAGCCUUACUACAGUCCAGGAUUGUUACUGGAGACCCACACCCAGGUGGGAUCAAACCAGUCAUGAGUGAAACUUUUAAAACAUUGUAUUAAUAAAUCUCAAAGCUUUAGAACUGGAGUUUGUUCCCAUUACGAUGUAUACCAUAUACUUUGGACAGAUCAGGUUAGAGGGAUUAUAUCCCGGAUGUACAUGUAGUCAGCGCUGCCUAUAAGCUAGUAUAAUGUAUGUUUGAAUAUAGCCCAACGGUUCUGGAAGAGAGCUCCGCUGACAGGGAUGGUCAGGCAGGCAGAUUGUUCUUAAAGAUACAGUGCUGUUCCCUCACAACCUCUCCUCUCCUCAUGAUAAAUACACUGAAAGCUUUAAACAGCUACCAAACCAAAAAAACAGUUAGAAGAUGCAUUGACUGGGGCAAAGGAACGUGACAGAGGGACUUGUUUUCUUUUCUUUCUGUUUGGACUUUUCUUAAUGUUGGUAGGUUUUGUUUCCCACAUCUACUGUAGGAUGUUAAAGAGAGAUAUACCUCAUAUACUCUGAUGAUAAACCAAAUAGAUGAAAGCUUUACAAAAAAAGUGGGGUUUGUGUGAGGAUCGGGGUGUGGGGUGGGACUGUGUGUACGUGUGAGUGUGACCAUGAAUGGCCAGAGCGAGGCUUGGGUCCGGCAGAGUUCAAAGAUAAUGGGGUCAGAGUUCACAUUUCUUGUGCCCCAUCCAAAUCAGGAGACAUUUUGGGUAGCAAGUUGUAUGCCAGCCCUCUCGCUGUGGUUCCCAGUCCACCCCCCCACACACCUCCCUCUCAGUCUGGUCUGUAGAACAACCCCCCUGCUCUGUACAGCCCUCUCUCCAUCCCCCUCUCCCCUACUGCUCCCUCCCUGCUGAAAUGAAACACUCUCCAAGUAUACGUUUUCCAUAGGCACAGAUCUAGGAUCAGCUUACCUUCCUCCAAAUCCUAAUCUUAACCAUUGAGGGCACAUAACACUGGCCUUAGGUCAGUGUCUAUGGAGCAGCUUUGUCCUACUCCUUAACACAAAACUUUAUUACAGGGGCUAGCCUCUGGGUACCCAGCAUCUUUAGGUGAUUGGCUGGAUGUUGUGUUGUUUAGAUUAUUGACCUGUGUCUGUCAGAGAUGUGUGUGGCAGCGAGCGCAGAGGGGUAGGUGACUGGGGAAGGGCUGAGACUGUGGUUGCUAGGUGACGCAUGCAUACACUCCCCCAAGGUGGAAGUCCCUAUUUCUCCCUUGCUCUUUCCUUCUGUAAUGAGGUGUAGAUCAGUUUAGGUCCUCUUCAUCCUGGUAGGAUGCUUCUGUGGAUCUCAGGGUCUUAGGGAUCACAUGUAAAGUGUAAGUCCUUCCAGUAGGGAUACCCCCACAAGAGAAUGAUACCAAAGUUUAUGCCCCACUGUUGGAUACGGCACCAUGCACUCACUCCCUAAAACCCUGCUGUUUACCAGUGUCUGCACUGUUGGAGCUAGGAACAUAAGCAUUUCGCUACACCCGCGAUAACAUCUGCAAAAUAUGUAUACGCGACCAAUAAAAUGUGAUUUGUCCAUUCAGAGACUACACCUCUCCUAUAGACUGAGUAGUCACCUGGCCAUAGGUGCAGAUCUAGGAUCUGUUAACUUUUCCCUAAUCAUAGCUAUUAGUGUAGGGAGAACACAAAACUGACGUUAGAUCAGCACCUAGAGGCAACAAAUCCUACUCCCUUUACUAUAGCCUGGGUCAACAUUAUCACAGCAGAGUUUAGUCUGGAAGAACAUCUCCAGACAUCUUUGGCAUGAACCAUUUUGUACAUUUGUACAGUCUGAACAUCACAACAUUGAUUCAGUUAAUGGAUUAAUUCCUUGUAGUCUCAGUGAAACACCUUAGCAACCGUGUCAAAUGAGAAACAAAGGAAAUUGUGAAAUGUAGGAAUCGAUAUUGCAACCUGGACUCAAGGAUAGACGUAACAUAGUAAAUGUAAAUCCGAGACAGUGUAAUUAGUACAUGUUACGUUUGGUAUGAGACCAGGCUGGAAUUGAUUUAAAUUGGAGCAGAACAGGCAAUGAUUAACAGUUUACUGAUAGAUGACAGAACAUUGUGUAGAUGUCAAGGCAGGAGAAAGCAAAGGGGGACAAAAAGACAAUAUCAGGAGCAAAGAAACAAAAAAGGAGGAUGACUGAUAUUCCUCGUACCUACUCACUUCCACACACCCUCUCUUUCAUCCUUUCUUCUGUAUUCAUUCUCUCUCUUGUACAAUACAGCUUCAGUCCAAAGUUCCUUAAGCAAGACAGCAAAGUCCGAUCGUACAGAAUAAAACCAAAGAGUUCGACAUUCCUCCUCUUUCACAGACAGCCACUGCAUCCCUCUUUCUUUCUCUCCUUUCUGUCUAUUCAUCUCUUUUCUGCUCCAACCCCGUCACCUAGUAACCCAGUUUCUGACCUCAGCGAUUAAGAUAAUGAUAAAAAUGUAUAUUUUUAAGUAUUUGUCAUUGGAAAAUUACCUUAAGCUUCUCGUAAAUAUGAUGAUGACGAUAAUGACGUUUCUCUUGGUAUCUCUGUAGUUGUUCUGAUCUUUUUUGAGAUUCGUCCUUUUUGCUCGUGCUGCCAGAGUAAUUCUGAUGAUCCCAAUAUCCUCUUGGGGUUUGUUGACCCUGUCCUUUUAGUUCUGUCUGUCUGUCCCUUACCACUGUCUGUAUUCCUGUCUGUCUGUUUGUAUUCCAUGUUGUCCUCUGUGUUCAUUGGGCAGAGGGAAAAGCUACAUGUUUCAACCGAAAAUGUGAUGUUUGUGGGAGAAUUCUGUACGAGUUGUUUGUGGGAGAAUUCUGUACGAGUCGUUAAGGAGAGUUUUUCCAGGGAAUUCCAGACUUCUUUGGUGGUUUGUGGGGAGGGGUUAAUAAAACGGAGGGAGGAGGGAAAACUGUCAUAACUGCUAUAACUGUUCUGUGGAAAUAAGUCCCCAAGGUGUAGGUGUGUGUGUGUGUGUGUGUGUGUGUGUGUGUGUGUGUGUGUGUGUGUGUGUGUGUGUGCGCUCGCCUCAAAAUGUAUUUCAUCUGCUAGAUAAGCAACAGGUUUGUAAACAUUGGCUUGAUUGGGGAUUUACUGUUAGUCAACAUGUAGUUCAUUUCCCUCUGUCUGACCUUCAACCUUUGUUGUUUGUUUCCCUAUCCAUUUUAGUGUGUGUGUGUGUGUCCUUAUCCUCUCUCACAUCAUUUGUUCUACCAUCAUGUGUCUUACAUCAUGUGAGCAGUCCUCCUCUUUCCUCUCCCUUCUCUCUGUCUCGCCCUCCCUUCUUCCUUGUGGUAGCAACUUAGCCUUUUACUGUGUUUAUCUUUAAAACAAAAACAAAAAACAAGAGAAAUAUCUCUGCUUGUUCAUAGUACAGUGUUGUUCAUUUAAAGUCAUUUUUGUAACUGAAAGUGUUUCAUUCAUCCAAAUAAAAACAGGAGACAAAAACUGUA